UGGUGUCUUCAUGGAUGUUCCUGGUUUCUCUGUUUUGGUUUUCUUUGUGUUUUUCUUGUUUUGUGUACGGACUGUUACUGUGGAUUUUAUGGUGAUGAAACGAGAGUUCUGCGUGAUUAUGUCCACGGAUGUUUUGGAAGCUACAGUGAUGCUGGAGGCUUUACGGGUGACGGAGCUUCGUCUUCUGCUCUCCAAGAUGGGCAAGAGUAAAAGCGGCCUGAAGAAGGACCUGAUGAAGAGAGUCUCAGAUCUGCUGCACAAUGACUGCAGUCCUGAGCUGCUGUCUGCUGUCCGAGAGCUUCACAAACUCCGGCAGGUUUCUAAAGACGCCCGCAGGAGCUCAAAGCCCAGUUCUGUCCAGAUCAUCUCCAUGCCAGAGUGUCUCUCGCCCGGCAAACCACAAUCACCCAUAUCUAUCUGUGCAGAACCACAGAUGAUCAAACUGCCCUUCUAUCAGACGCUGGACACCAUUCUGCCUCCUACACCUCUGGUGCCCACUUGUGGAGGAAUCAUGCAAAACUCCGAUUUCUUGAUUCAUCUCAGUGAGAAUCAACAGACUCAGAUCCAGAACAGCCGGACGUCUCAGUCUGGCUCGACGUCUGUUCAGGUGGUGCUCAGGAUUUCUUACAGUGAGAGCGUCGGUGUUGAAGAAGAUCAGUAUCCACCGCACCUCGUUGUUUCAGUUAAUCACGCUAACUGUCCCGUACAGUGUUCCUAUUCAUCCAAUAAAAUGGGGACGGAGCCUUCUCGUCCGUGUCUUCCGAUCAACAUCACACCUGAGUUGUAUAUUACAUUCACAAAUCGAUUCUCGGUGGUGUGGGGAAACUUCGGCAAGAAUUAUUGUGUGGCGGUGUAUCUGGUGAGGGUGGUGUCGUCUCAGGAGUUGCUGGUUCAGCUGCGCAGUACGGCGGUGGAGCAGCAGGAGCUCUGCAGACGCCGAGUUUCAGAGAAAUUGUGUUCUGAUCCAGAAAGUGAGGUUGCUACUACAGGACUACAAGUGUCACUGAUUUGUCCACUAGCAAAGAUGCGUAUGUCAGUUCCCUGUCGGGCCAGAGGCUGCGCUCACCUGCAGUGCUUCGACGCUUCCUUCUAUCUUCAAAUGAACGAGAGGAAGCCCAGGUGGACGUGCCCCGUGUGCCACAGAUACGCGCCGUUUGAUGCGCUGCGUAUCGACAGUUUGCUGUGUGAAGUUCUGGAGAGCUAUGGUGAGGACGUGGAGGAGAUCGAAUAUCUGUCUGACAGCACCUGGAGAGCCGUGAGACACGACAAAGACGACAAAAACAAAGAAUCUGCUCCACAUCCUCUCAAACACAAAGGAAACUCUAAGCCGGCAGAUGUUGUCGUCGUGGAUCUGACUCAGUUCUCCUCUGACGAUGAAGAUUUCCAAAAAGAGGAGACUGUUUCUACACAUUUAGAAGACAAAAGUGUACAUUUUAGAAAAUCUGGCAUAGUUAAAACUUCUGGAGCCAAAAGUCGAAAAACACAGGUCCGAAAAUAUUAACUGAGCGAGAGUUAUUUUUUAAUGUUUUCUUUUCUGUUUUAGUUUUUAGUACUUGUUAAUAUUUCAGUUAAUUACUUUGCCAAAUGUUUUUAGCAUGUAAGGCUGAAUGAUGAACUGAUAACUUUCAUUUAAUUGUGUUUUGUAUGUUUGAAGUGUUGUUUUUCUUUGUUGUAAAUCUUAAUUGUGAUGGCAAUAAAGUUUCAUUAUGAUCUGA